AUGGUUGAGAGAGAGAAAGCAAGACAGGAUUGCUCCAAAGGGUUAAGUCAGAGAUUGAAGGAAGAUAUAAUAAACCAGUUACCUGAUCCUUUGAUCUGUCACAUACUUUCUCAUCUUCCGAUAAAAGAAGCUGUUAAAACAAGUGUUUUAUCCACCAGAUGGAGAAGUCUCUGGCUUUACCUUCCUAGUUUGGAAUUGACAUGUUGGAAAUUCCCUAAUUACAAUGCCUUGAUGAGUUUUGGUGACAGGUUUCUUGAUUCCAACAGGGUUUCAUGUAUAGACAACUUCAAGGUAACUAUGGCCAAAGAUGCCUCACAUCUCACGUCAUGGAUUGAUGCUGCUGUUAAGCGUAAGGUCAAACAUCUAGAUAUUUGUUGUCAUCGUCUAAAUAGCCGUCCUGAGUUGCCCACAAGCACUUAUACAUGUGAGACACUGGUAUCUUUAAAACUUGAUCGGGCGGACUUGGCUAAUGCCAAAUUUGUUUUCCUACCGUGUCUCAAGACUUUACACUUAGAAGGUAUUUCGUAUCCCAACGAAGCUAUUUUUGAGAGACUUGUCUCACCCUGCCCUGUCUUGGAGGAGUUAGUGAUGGUCACAUCUGUGUUUGAUGAUAAUGCAAUACACUUUCGGGUGUUCUCUAGGUCAUUGAAGAAGCUCAAAAUAGAUAUUCGAAAAUGUAGGUAUUCUUCUUGUUCAGGAGUUUUGAUUGAUGCUCCUCUACUAAGAUUUUUGAGCAUCAAUGAUGACUUAUCAAAAAGCUUGGUUGUAAUAAACAAAAUGCAUCCCGACGCCAAGUUAGAUAUUUCUACUUCCUUUGAUUUUGGUUUGCUUUUUUUUGGACCAUGCACCAAGGUAGAUAUUUCUACUGUCUUUGAUAUUUCAAAGAGAAAUAGCAUAUGCGGAUUUCUUUCGCAGAUUUCGAAGGUUAAAGAUAUGAAAAUAUGUAGAGACUCUGUCAAUUCUGACAUUAGAGAUGUAGUACAUUUUUCUAUCAAUAACUAUUCUUUCUUGGUUCCAGCUCAUCUAACAAUACUCGAAAUUAGAGUCGUUGCCUCAGUUUAG